AUGUCGACUCAUGCAAGCCAUGGUGUCCAUGAAGUUCACCACCCAGUGAUCGUUCGGCUUCGUGUACAAGUCGUCGAAGAUAUCGCCACACUUGAUCCAUCGUCAUUCAAUUGUUUGUACGCGACGUCCUCACUAUCGGUAAAGUCAGGACGUACUUCGUUGUCAGUGUUGAUCCAUUGCGUCUUGAUGCCUGCUUUGUUGGCGACAUCUGACCUUUCCCAUGAAGAAGCAGAUCUUGUCGAACGAGUGAGGUAUCUCGUAGCACAACUGAUUGAUGAGGAACGACUUACCCGACUUGGAAGGAGCAAUGAUGAGUGUGAAUUGAUUGAGGAAUGUGUCCUGACAAUCGAGUUCCCAGUCGAACUUCAUAAUGCCCAUGCUCUCCUUGUUUUGUCGAAGGUCUUGCAACUGCUCGUCAAUGGUUUGCUCUGGCUGGAUAUAGUCGGCUAAUUCUUUCAGUAUUUUGGCAUAUUGCUUGCUCUUCUCCUCAUCGGUCUCAUUCUCCAUCCGUUGUUUGAUGGUAUCCUGCAUUACUUCGGCUUGAUUGAGCGUAUUUUCUGUUCUUCU